AUGGCCGGCAUAGAGCAGAUCGUCGUGCAUUCAAAGCCGAAUAAGAAGAGCAUCAACUUUGGCAUCUUCAAGCAUCCAGGAACUAAGAAUGGGCUUACGCCGAGCCUACCAACGCAAGAGACGGUCGAGAGCAAUGCGCAGACUCCGGGAACACCGGCAUUAGAUGGAGUGCCUCCAGCUAAGCCACCCAGGCGAGGCUCUGUGGGUGAGAGCAAUGUCGUGGAAAAGCUGCAAGCAAUCGGGAUGAAGUCUGUUGCCUGGACGGGAAGAUGCGAGCCGGACAAGGUGGCUAUGGGUCGCUUUGAUGUGCCUGAGGGAGAGGGUGGGACAUAUGGGCUGGUGUUCGACAACACGUUCUCCAAGCAGACGUCGAAGAACGUGACGUUCGUUCUCAUGACGCAUCCGACGAAUGCGCCCCCCAAGUCCGGACACCAUCUACACUAUUCGCAAGCCUUCUCGAACAACAGCUCAAGCAGUAUCCCGAACUCGAAAGGGAACAGCCCGUCGUUGAAGGCUGCUGCGGAUUCUAACGAAAGUCUGCCACAAGGCAUACACCGAGGGGUGCUGGAAGACCCGCGACCUCCUUCAAAAGGGGGUGUGGAGAGCAAAGGGAUCGAAGGAACGACGUUCUACACUGGCAUUCUGUGGAAGAAGAAGAGAAAGAGAGGUCAGGGGUUUGCGAAACGCUUCUUCUCAUUGGAUUUCACGUCCUCGACUUUGUCAUACUACCAGAAUCGACAUUCUUCGGCGCUGCGAGGUGCGAUUCCGCUCUCGCUUGCGGCUGUUGGAGCCAACGAAAAGACGCGAGAGUUUUCAGUCGAUUCUGGCGCAGAAGUGUGGCAUCUGAAAGCUAGUAACAAGAAAGAUUUCGAGGGAUGGAGAGAUGCGCUUGAAAGAGCGGCAAACGUAUCAUUGCCAGUGACUCCCGCCAAGCCAAGCAAGGACUUCGUGCCACCAAAACCCCAGGACCCACAAGCAGAGCGUGAGUGGCAGAGAGUCGAGCAACUUGUGAGCAAAGUGUCUGGGACAAGAGAUGCUGUGCGAGGGCUUGCUAAGGAUACCGAUCCGAAGUAUUACUCUGGAUCGAAUGGAGCUGGACUGGCCCCAGUGAGCUCUGGUACGAGCAGCAAUAAUCCGAGCCCGACUUCGUACGAUUCCGCGAAUCCUUACUUCGCAGACGCAGAAGAACGAAGCCCUGCUCAAGCCAGACGUCCGUUUUGGAAGCGUACUGCGAGUGCAGAGCGUAGUCCGUCAGCACUGUUUCGCAGAAGCGUAUCUGCGCAGCUUGCGGUGCCGUCUCCUUCCCUCGCAACAGGACCUACCUCGCCUUCUACUGGUCCAAUCAAUAUCCCCAAGCGUCCCAGCUUGGUGACGCAGACGCUACCAGAAGUCGAUGUACACGAGAGAUGCAUGGCGUUGCUUCGUGAUCUGGACACUGUAGUGGCCGAUUUCUCAUCACUGAUCGCCGAGAGCAAAGCGCGAAGACAACCGCCUCCGUUGACCACAAGUUCCCGUCUCUCGCUGGAAUCGAUAGACAGUCAAGAGUUCUUUGACGCAGAGGGUGGUGACGUCCCUUCGCAACUACUUGACAUACGACGCUCGAGCGAGUUCACAGAGCCGCACGAAGAGCUUGACAAUGUCUCGGAGGGUGACUCUGACAGCGACAGCGAGGCUGGAGAUGGUCGAGCUGGAUCUGUUCUUUUCCAAGCCACGCGCAAAACUUCGCAGUCUCCUCUUUUCCCGAACAAGCCAUCAGCACUUUCACCUCUACCACUGGCACCUGUCAAGCGCCGAACGACUGUUAUACCCCCUAAACAGGCACCUCCAAGCUUCAUUGGCUUUUUGCGAAAGAACGCUGGUAAAGAUUUGUCCACUAUUUCCAUGCCAGUGACUGCGAACGAACCAACUUCGCUCCUACAGCGAUUGGCAGAGUCUUUGGAAUAUCCUCAGUUGCUUGAUGCCGCAGCACAGGUGUCUAUCACACCGGCUGAACGUAUGAUGUAUGUCGCGGCGUUCGCGGUAUCAUACUAUUCCAACAAUCGAGUCAAGGAACGCGCCAUCAGGAAGCCCUUCAACCCCAUGUUGGGCGAGACUUUCGAACUUGUGAGAGAGGACCUGGGCUUCCGUUUCGUGGCCGAGAAGGUCUCGCACCAUCCAGUCCGAAUGGCAUGCCAAGCUGAAAGCUUAAACAACGGCGGCUGGGCGUAUGCACAGUCGCCACAGCCUGUGCAGAAGUUCUGGGGCAAGUCUGUCGAGUUGAACAAUGACGGGCGCGCGAGAGUCGUCCUUCAUGCGCCUAAGGAGCACUACUCCUGGACUCAGGCCACGGCCUUCUUGCGCAAUGUCAUCGCCGGCGAGAAGUAUGUCGAACCUGUUCAGACUAUGACCGUCCACAACGAGACCAACGGCCUUCGCGCUGUGGCUACCUUCAAGUCGGGUGGAAUGUUCUCUGGACGAAGCGAAGAUGUGACGGUCCAGCUAUUUGAGCGUGAUACCGCGUUGCCCCUUGGUCUCACUGGCAAGUGGACAGAGAACCUGAAACGAACGGAUACUGGUGCCACGAUCUGGACUGUUGGUUCCCUUGUACCCGAUGCACCGAAGGUCUAUGGAUUCACCACCUUCGCAGCGGCUCUCAACCAAAUUACAGAAGUUGAAGACGGUCAUCUCCCUCCCACUGACUCUCGGCUCCGACCUGACCAACAAGCUCUAGAAGCCGGCGAUGUCGACAAGGCCGAAGCCCUGAAAGCUCGACUCGAGGAACGACAGCGCGCCCGCCGCAAGGUCCUAGAAAGCCACGGCCAAGAGUAUAAACCGCAGUUCUUCGAGAAGGUUGCCAGCAAUGCUGUUGAUUCCAAGUUGGAUCCUGAAGAAGAGGUUUGGAUGCUGAUGGAGGAGGGGAGUUACUGGGACAAGCGUGCGGCUGGGUCUUGGGGGGAUGUGAAGGAGGUUUUCGAGACUUGA